AGAAAUCGGAACGAUUCCGGCCUCUUCAUUCAAUGCCAUUCCAAUAACACCAUUUGCUAGUUAUGCGGCUCCACCGCCACCAUUUUAUGUCAGUGGUGACAUGUCAACCUCGCAGAUUAUUACACCACCACCUAAUCCUACCAGUUUCUAUCUUAUUCCAGCCACAGAUUUAGGUGGAUGGGGUCGUCCACUGCUUACUCCCGGUGUUUUGCCAACGGGUGGUCUGGUUCCUCAGGUCACUGCACUUGAUAUGGAAACCUGGACUAAAGCUAAUAAGGGUCAGUCGCCGAAGCCAAAAGCAAAAAUAUCGCAAAGCAAAGUUCCACAAUUUCGUGAAGAGAUGAUUAUUCGUAAUAGCGACUCAGGAAAAAUUAUGGGUGUCAAAGGACGCAGAGUGGCUGUUGUUGAAGAGCUGAGCAAAACAAUAAUAUCAUUCCAAAAAGUUGAUCCGAAAAGCAAAGACCGCACACUAACGAUAACUGGUAGCAGUCAGGAAGCGAUUGAUCAUGCGAAAAAGCUCAUAGAACAAACAAUUCGCCGAAACGUUUCCCCUUGUCGAGAAAAAAUUCUGACAGAAAAGGGUGAAGAUGACGACUUGGGGAUUUCAAUAGAAACAACUCAGGAUGGAACGUUGAAACUGUCAUGUACAGAUCCUCAAGUUUUACAGGCUGCCCAGGCUGCUUUGAGUGAGUACUUCAACCAAGCUGGACGCACCAGAACCAAGCUUUCCGCAGCGGAACGGGAACUGAGAAAAGAAAGAAGAAAAUCUAUGCCAUUGUCGGCAACAACUUCAAAUAAUGCCCCACACAAGGAAUGGCGUUCAACGGGUAAAACAGGCAGCUCACCAAAUCUUGCACAGCUGGACUCUGCAAAAAUAACGCGAUACAGUCGGGAAGAAUUACUUCAAAUGCGCCCCACUGCAGCACCCUUAGACUCGAAAAUAAGCAAAUUUAUUGAAGAACUUGAAAUAACGCGUGGUAAACGCAACGAAUAG